AUGAAAGACUCAUUAGCUACCGUUUCCGAGAAGAAAGCUCCAAGUGUGAAAUAUAAAAAGUAUGGCGAAGACCAAGUAAAAAGGUUUUUUGAGUUGAUAACAAAAGAAGGCUACACAGUACCAAAAGCAGCAGAAAUUGCGGGUAUCCCCAGAAGUACAGCUUAUAAGUCAAAAAAAGUUUGGAAUGACAGUGAUGGAUCCAACCCUGAUAAAUCAAAAGGCAACACGAAAUUAGAAGACAAACAUACCUUCUUUUUGAUCGAUUUAAUCGAUAAAAAUCCAUGUAUUACUAUUAUAGAGGCGAAAGAGGAUUUGUGUUCUAAAUUUUCAGACCUAUCAAUAACAGCUUCAGGUGUAAACAAACAUAUGAAAGGAAAAUGUGGAUUAUCAUUAAAAGAAUCGAAACUGUAUACCCUCACAAGAGAUGCACCUAGAACGCUGAAAUUACGUUUUGAUAUUAUAAUGCAAUGGAAGGCUACCGGUGUGGAUUAUAUGGCAAACUGUGUUUUUAUAGAUGAAUCAGGAUUUAAUGCACAUCAGAUAUGA